GAAACACCUUCUCCUUCAUGCUCGAAGGAGAUCCUGGUCGGCGUCCAUAGGCAGCGAAGGUCCGUCAACUGCGCCGGCGUAACCGGUUGAAGAUCUGGCGGUCCCACGAACCUGUAGGAGAGAGCCUGCCGAGUAGGUGUGGAGUCCAUCUGAGAGUUGUUGCGACCACAGUUUCUGUUAUCCAGGGUUUUUAUUAUCAUAAUAUUGGUAGCAAGAAAUGGAGAACAAGCGAAUGUGGAGUGAUGAAGAGACAUUGGCCUUUGUUGGUUUCAUGGAGGAGUUUGUCGUUGACGGUCAGCGGGCUGAUUAUGGGCAGUUUAAACCGGGAACAUUCGAGAAACUGGCUUUGAAGAUGUUGGAGGCUUUCCCCGGUUGUACACUGACCGCGAAGCAUUGCAAGAAUAAGCACAAGCGGCUGAAGGAGAAGUACCAGUACGCCGCUGAUAUGCUUGCUUGUAGCGGAUUUGGCUGGAACAACGAGAAACAAUGUGUUGAGGUUGACAGCAAAGACGUCCUUGAUGCUUGGUUGAAGGCACAUCCGACCAAGUUCUACAGUCCUGGCAAGCCAUUUCCUUUAUUUCACCGGCUGGAAGGUAUCUUUGGCAGGGAUAGAGCCACGGGAGUGGCGGCCGUUAGUGGCUUCAAUGUGGAGGAACAGGUUAACGAAGAGACAGACGACACUGCUACUGGAUUUGAUCAGUCCGAGAUGUCUCCACCUCCAGACCAAGACGGAGUUGCAGCAAUGCAAGGACAAGCAUCACAUUCUGAGGUCGGUGCGAGCGCGGGAAGCACUAGGCAAUGCGGAAGGAAGAGGAAACAGGUUGACGUACUCGAGAGGAUGGCCAAUCAGAUUCAACAAUCAUCGGCUGACCAACGAAAGAAUGCCCAACUGAUAGCUGAUGCCAUUGUUGGUGUGAACGAGAAGUGGAAGGUUGGCGAGAAGCUCACACAACUUGGAUUCGGUGAUGACGAUGUGGUCAGGGCGAUACUGAAGUUUGCCGAAAGUCCUAAUGUGUAUGCACACUUCUGGGGCUUGUCAGAUUCACAAAUGAUUGGGCUCGUGCGUUCCAUUAUAUGAAGUUGAAUACUUGUUAAGUUUAUUAGCUUUGGCUUCUGGUCUUAAGUUUGGUUUAGGGUGUUAACUUUUUGGAAGUCGGGUUUUAGGAUUCCAGGACAAUGUUAUGUUUAGCAUGGUAAAACUUUGGUACCAUCUGUGUGUUGCUAUGUUUUCCAUGCCUAACUAUGCAACUUCCUUUGUUUUGCUCU